AUGCCUGGCCGUCUGCAAAACAAGGCGAGUCCACUAUUCCGUAGCUUGCAGCUGACGUUAAUCACACAUCGACGCCAACAGGUCGCGCUCGUAACUGGCGCUGGGUCGUAUGUACCACGACGUGGCGAUUGCGGCAACCCAGAGGCUAACACGUCAGUUUCCAGCGGUAUCGGUCUCGAGUCCUCCGUGCUCUUCGCGUCCGAAGGGGCGAACGUGGUGCUCGUCGACAUCAACGUCGAGGCAGCCCAGAAGGGCGUGCAGAUCAUCGAGCAGCGGUAUCCGAACGUCAAGGCUGUCGCGACCAAGGCGGACGUUAGCAAGGAGGCGGAUGUCAAGGCGGCGGUCGACCUGGCUGUCAAGGAGUUUGGGAGGCUCGAUGUCAUGUUCAACAAUGCGGGGAUCAUGCACCCGGCGGAUGAUAAUGCGCUGAACACGGAGGAGCGCAUUUGGGAUCUGACCAUGCAGAUUAACCUCAAGGGCGUGUGGUGGGGAUGCAAGUACGCAAUACUUGCGAUGAGGGAGAACCCGACGGACGAGAGCAAGGGCUUGAAGAAGGGCGGAAGCAUCAUCAACACCGCGAGCUUCGUCGCUCUCAUGGGCGCAGCGACGCCUCAGCUUGCAUACACCGCGUCUAAGGGCGCUGUGCUUGCUAUGACCCGUGAACUAGCCAUGGUACACGCUCGGGAAGGGAUUAGGCUCAACUCCAUCUGCCCAGGCCCCCUAAAGACGCCGCUGCUCAUGGACUUCCUUAACACUGCGGAGAAGCGAGAUCGUCGCAUGGUACAUCUCCCGAUGGGACGAUUUGGCGAAGCCGUUGAGGUCGCGAAGGGAGCGCUCUUCCUCGCCAGCGAAGACAGUAGCUAUGUCACCGGCACGGACUUCAAGGUCGAUGGCGGCCUGUCCUCGUGCUAUGUCACGCCUAUCGGGGAGCCCGCCCUCGACCCGCCCGCAAGUCUCCUUGCAUGA